ACAGAAGUUUCUUAUCACCUGUAAUUUCAUUGUUAUUUCGACACUUUCGACCCCUACAUUCUUCGCGACUACUUUUACUUUCCCCGAAAAUAAUGGAACCAAAAAUUACCUUGAGAAAGGACCCAGCCUAUCAAAAAUUACAAGAAUAUUAUAAUGCGAACGCCGACAAAAUAAAUAUUUUGCAACUUUUUCAAGAAGAUCCCGAUCGCUUCAAUAAAUUCAGCCUCAAAAUCCAAACACCAAAUGACGGAGAUAUCCUUCUGGACUAUUCCAAGAAUCGUGUAAACAAUGAUGUCUUUGCAUUACUCCUUAACCUGGCUAAGAGCCGUGGUGUGGAACAAGCGAGAGAUGCUAUGUUUAAUGGUGAAAAAAUAAACUUCACGGAGAACCGCGCGGUGCUCCAUGUGGCACUGCGCAACCGUCAGAACAGACCUAUCCUGGUCGCGGGGACAGAUGUCACGCCCGAUGUGAACGCCGUGCUCGCACACAUGAAGCAGUUCUCGGGACAGGUCAUCAGUGGUGAAUGGAAGGGGUACACGGGCAAGCCGAUAACUGACGUCAUCAACAUUGGUAUCGGAGGAUCGGACCUCGGCCCUCUCAUGGUCACAGAGGCGUUAAGACCUUACGCCAAUCAUCUUAAGGUGCACUUCGUCUCAAAUAUCGACGGUACACACUUGGCCGAGGUGCUGAAGCGCCUCGACCCGGAGACGGCGCUGUUCAUCAUUGCGUCCAAGACAUUUACCACCCAGGAGACCAUCACCAACGCCACCUCAGCCAAGAACUGGUUCUUGGAAGCCGCUAAAGAUGCGUCAGCAGUGGCGAAGCAUUUCGUGGCGUUGUCCACCAACGGCGAAAAGGUGGCAGCCUUCGGGAUCGAUCCCCAGAACAUGUUUGGUUUCUGGGACUGGGUCGGAGGCAGGUACUCGCUAUGGUCUGCGAUAGGUCUGUCCAUCUCGUUAUAUAUUGGCCAUGACAAUUUCGAGAAGCUUCUAGAAGGAGCCAACUUUAUGGACCGACACUUCACCACCGAGCCGUUGGAGAGAAACGCGCCGGUUCUGCUAGCACUUUUGGGUGUGUGGUACAGCAACUUCUAUGGGGCUGAAACACAUGCUCUUCUACCAUACGACCAGUAUUUGCACAGAUUCGCGGCGUACUUCCAACAAGGCGAUAUGGAGAGCAACGGGAAAUAUGUGACGCGAAGUGGCGAACGCGCCAACUACUCCACCGGGCCCAUAGUGUGGGGCGAGCCGGGCACCAACGGGCAGCACGCGUUCUACCAGCUCAUACAUCAAGGGACCAGGUUGAUUCCAUGCGACUUCAUCGCUCCAGCUCAAACCCACAAUCCAAUUUCAAACGGUGUACACCACAAGAUCCUAUUGGCCAACUUCCUAGCGCAAACCGAGGCUCUGAUGAAGGGGAAAACUCCAGAAGAGGCUCAAGCAGAAUUGGAGAAGUCCGGCCUGGCGCCCGAGGCCAUCAGCAGAAUCCUCCCCCACAAAGUGUUCCUCGGCAACCGGCCAACAAAUUCGAUAGUCGUGAGGAAAAUUACGCCCUUCACGCUGGGAGCACUUAUAGCAUUAUAUGAGCACAAGAUCUUCACGCAAGGCGUGAUUUGGGACAUCAACUCGUUCGACCAGUGGGGCGUGGAACUCGGCAAGCAGCUGGCCAAAGCGAUAGAACCGGAGCUCCAAGACUCCAGCCCUGUGUCCAGUCAUGAUGGCUCAACUAACGGACUCAUUAACUUUUUGAAAGCAAACUUUUAAAUUUAAUAAUAAAUUAUACAAGAUGUCAAAUCGUUAGUGGUAUUUGAAAUGUGUUCGCCAUCGGUACAGCCGAACAUUUUUACCAAAAAAACAUGGCUUAAAAAACAUGAAAAACUUUUAGCUUUACAUAGUCCCCUAUUAGGUAUGUCCAUCUCAUAAAUUUGUAUAGGAUACUCGACACUUUUUUUAUGAAUUUUUGAUUUGCAAAAUUUCUGUUCUAAUAUAUUCUAUAGCGUAAGUACAUUUCGUCAUAGUCGUAGAAUACUGACGGAUCUUUAUAUGUAAUCUUUGUCAGAUCCGUCAGUAUUCUACGACUAUGACGAUUUGUGAAUGGGCAACGAUUUCGAUUCCAUCUUGUAUAUACCUAUUUACAAAAAAAAAAAUCUGCAAUGAUUUACUAAACUCAAUCAAUAUGAUUUCGUAGAAUUUAAUAUUAUCAUAGGUACAAUAUAAACGUGGUAAUUACUGGCAAAACCCUCCUUUUGGGGGAGGCCUAUGUUCAGUAGUGGACGACAGACGGCUGAUAUGAUGUAAGUACAAUAUAUGAUAUUAGUUGGCUGUCUACAUUAUUAUAAUCUUUCAGUUACACAUUUUAUGAAUUAGAUAUUUGCCUUGAUUAAACCCAAUUGUCGAUAGAUACGUCUGCGUGUGUAUGAGAAUGAAUCUAUCUCAUUUAUAUGAACGUAUUUAUCGGUUUAACUUACCACGUAAGUUUCUAAGGGGACAAAUUAGAAUAAAAUUCAUAAUGACCAUUCAUUUAUUAUAAGUUAUAAAUAGAUAAUUAAAACAUGAGGUAUGUAUAUAUUUGAAUCUGUAGAAUCUAAAAUAGAUAGUGAAAACUUUUGUCUGUGGUUCGGUGUGGUGUGAAUGCUAUAUAUAGACAAAUAUACUAUAAAUUGAUUUGAAUAUGAAAAAUAAUUACACAAUUUCAUUUGAUUUUUUUCUUAUCUGUAAUGUCAAGAACACAAGCAUGGCACCAAUAUUAAAAUUAGUCAAAAAACUUAUUACAAUACACAUUACCAUAGACUUAGAAUAACUUAUUUACUCCUUAAUCUAAGUACAGUAUAAUUUUGUCUUGGAAAGAAAUAAAUUGUGUUCAAUAAAAUAGAGAAGAAAUAUACGAGUGUUAACGUCUAGUUUUAAAUAUUCUAAGCUCUCAUUGUCUAUAGCCACAAAUAAAAAAUAUUGUUUGUUGGUGGUUUUUUGUUUAAAUGUGUAAUUUCAGAAAAACCAAGGUCGCUGAAAAUAAAUGAUAGUCUGUCGCAUUUAUAAAAAUAUUACAACAAUAUUUGUCUGUAUUUUGUCGAAAGGUUUGCAGUUAAUGGUACAUUAUUUUGGAUCUACAUGAUUGCGUAUAUAAUUAGUAUUAAAUAUAAUACGUAAUUAUAGAUAUUAAUAAGGUUUUAAAAUGUUUAGAUCGAGAUAUAUAUUAUAUAUUAGAAUGUUUAUAAUAAAAAAAUUAUAAAUAA